GGGCUGCUGCAUUGCCUUCACCCAGCGGCUCCCGCCCGCACGCAGCCAGAGCGAGUGGAGCCUCCGCCAGCUCCGGCGGGCCGCGGGCUCUGGAGUGCAGCGCAGCUCAGCUCAGCGCAGCACCUUCGGUCCGCGGAGCGGACUGAGCUAGAAGCGGAGCGCUGUCGCCGGAGGCGGGCAAUGAGGAGGGCAGGUGCUGCCUGCAGCGCCAUGGACCGGCUGCGCCUGCUGCUGCUGCUUCUAGGGGUGUCCUUUGGAGGUGCCAAGGAGACAUGUUCCACGGGCCUGUACACCCACAGCGGAGAGUGCUGCAAAGCCUGCAACCUGGGUGAAGGUGUCACCCAGCCCUGCGGAGCCAACCAGACCGUGUGUGAACCCUGCCUGGACAGUGUUACGUUCUCUGAUGUGGUGAGCGCCACCGAGCCGUGCAAGCCUUGCACGGAGUGUCUGGGCCUGCAGAGCAUGUCCGCUCCCUGUGUGGAGGCAGACGAUGCAGUGUGUCGAUGCUCCUAUGGCUACUACCAGGACGAGGAGACUGGCCGCUGCGAGGCUUGCAGCGUGUGCGGGGUGGGCUCAGGACUCGUGUUCUCCUGCCAGGACAAACAGAACACAGUGUGUGAAGAGUGCCCAGAGGGCACAUACUCAGACGAAGCCAACCACGUGGACCCGUGCCUACCCUGCACGGUGUGCGAGGACACGGAGCGCCAGUUACGCGAAUGCACGCCCUGGGCUGACGCCGAAUGCGAGGAGAUCCCUGGCCGAUGGAUCACAAGGUCUACACCCCCGGAGGGCUCCGACAUCACAGCGCCCAGUACCCAGGAGCCUGAGGCACCUCCUGAGCAAGACCUUGUAGCCAGUACAGUGGCAGAUAUGGUGACCACUGUGAUGGGCAGCUCCCAGCCUGUAGUGACCCGAGGCACCACUGACAACCUCAUUCCUGUCUAUUGUUCGAUCUUGGCUGCUGUGGUUGUGGGCCUUGUGGCCUAUAUUGCUUUCAAGAGGUGGAACAGCUGCAAACAAAAUAAACAAGGAGCCAACAGCCGCCCAGUGAACCAGACACCCCCACCAGAGGGAGAGAAACUGCACAGCGACAGUGGCAUCUCUGUGGACAGCCAGAGCCUGCACGACCAGCAGACCCAUACACAGACUGCCUCAGGCCAAGCCCUUAAGGGUGACGGCAACCUCUACAGUAGCCUGCCCCCGACCAAGCGCGAGGAGGUAGAGAAGCUGCUCAAUGGUGAUACCUGGAGACAUCUGGCAGGCGAGCUGGGCUACCAGCCUGAGCAUAUAGACUCCUUUACCCAUGAGGCCUGCCCAGUCCGAGCCCUGCUGGCCAGCUGGGGUGCCCAGGACAGCGCAACGCUUGAUGCCCUUUUAGCCGCCCUGCGACGCAUCCAGAGAGCUGACAUUGUGGAGAGCCUGUGCAGCGAGUCCACGGCCACGUCCCCGGUGUGAGCUCACAGACCGGGAGCCCCUGUCCUGUCCCACAUUCCGAUGACUGAUGUUCUAGCCGGCCCCCACAGAGCUGCCCUCCUCUCCCUUGGGGUGGCCCAACAGUCAGAACAGAACAUCUCUGUGCAGGGCCUCUGUGCCCCACUCCCCAAAACCACAGCCCAGCUGCUGCUCCUGAGGGGACCCUUGCUUCUGACCACACUCCCUCUCCAGCGAGAGAUAGGACCACCCCAAACCUGUCUUGCCCCAUGACCAUCUCAGGCCUUUCCUUUCUUUCUACUCAUUAGCUGUGUCAGAUCUGGGGGUUUGACACUAGAGAAGGUAACAGGGGCACCCCUAAGACUCAGGAGGUACUAAAGAACCAGAGCUAUGGACUCCACACUGUGAACCAGAGAACAGGGGGACAUGGUGGUAGGCUAGACCUUCCUCAGCCCCUCCCUUCUCCCCUCUGGCCAAAAAUGUAGAGGAUUACAGGCCUAUCUGAGCUGAAAGCAGGUUUGAAACCCAGUCUGUGCUCCCCUCUCACACACAGGAUGGUAAAGCCCAGAGAGAGGCAGGGACUGACCUAGGCCACCCAACAACAGGGAGAUCAAAUGUAAGGCUGACACACUCCUUUCUGAAUGAGGGUGUCAAGUGUGCUUGUUGGUAGGGAUGGAGUGACUUUCAGGGAAAUAUCUGGAAGCCAUGUCUGCCCCGCCCUCAAGUAUUUCCAGGCCCCUACCCAACCCUUGUGCAGAUGAACUGUCUGUUUAAGACCUGGUCCACUGGCCUAUCUGAUGGAGUCGGGUUAAGGGCUUGGAGAGUGGGGUGCUGCCUUGCUCUGUCUUCGUCAGGUUUAUCUACAGGGUGUUUGUGGAAGGAGGAAUCUAUAGCGCCCUUAUUCUUGGCAUGAGCCUGAAGCCAACAAUGGCCCUUGGAGUCAGCCCUAGGGGUCAGGGAGCAAGGCUCUCAACCCCACAAUCUAACACACACACACACACACACACACACACACAAGGAUAUCAUGCUCUCUCCCCCAUGGCUCCUUUGGGCUGAGACUAGAUCCUGCUGGAAGUCACUGGCUGCCAGAGAAAGAUCGCAGGGGACUGAGCGGAGCUUCAUGGAACUGUCUUCCUCGCCCCCCCCCCCCCCCCCCCCCCCCCCCCCCCCCCGCUCUGGCAGGCCAAGAACUGCUGCAUCUGAGCUGAUGUCCGUCUUCCAAUGGCCUGCGCGUGGAGGAAUGCUCUCACUCCUCGCGUUCUUGAAGCCCAACUUUGGCUGCACCCAGAAGAGUACAGUGAAGAAAAGCAGACUGGUGUGAGAACACAAGAAAAAGCAGAUGCUGGCCCGCAGUUUGCCGCAGCUUUCUCCUCAGUUUCAAGGCCCCUGCAAAGGACUGAUUUCCGGAGCACGGCCAGGAAGGGGCACAAGGGCUCAGUGGCUUGUUCUGUUUUGCUUGCUGUUGGAAUGAGUGAGCUCCCCCUCUAUUUAGCAUGAAGGAGCCCCAGGCAGGGUAUGCACAGACUGACCACCAUCCUCCCCCACCCAGGGUCCACCCAACCCUCUAAAGAGACCAGGAGCAUUGUACGCGGGUGGUAUUUUUAUGGACCUCAAGAAGUAGAGGGACCCCACCUGCUGGCCCUCCCGGACCCCUGGGAAGUGGGACAUUCUUUGUGUAUUUAUUUUCCUCCGCAGAAGCUGGGAGGGGAGAGCUGCAGUUCCAGUUUAGCAUGUGUUGGUUCUGGGGUCUCUCCAGCCUUAUUUUGGGCCAAGAUGGAACCUCUGGCCCUCCAGCUGAUGACUGGGAGCUCCAGACCCCUUCAUGCUCCCUGACACCUUCCCCUUGCAUCCUGUGUAAUCAUUUCUUGGGCCCUCCCAAAACCUACACAUAAAACAUAUGUGAUGACCAUUAAAUAGCAAAAAAAGAAAAACAA